UGCUGUGUAACCAUGCUUGUGCAAAGAAGGCUUUUCGGCCGUACAUCAGCGUUAAUUACUCAAAGAAGAACCUUCCACAGCUCGCUCAUCCAUCAGUCUACACUUGAGUCAAAGCAUCCAUGAUCGUUUGUCUAAUGACCCCAGACUUGAAGCUGCUUAAUAACUGUAUCCCGGGGUAAACCUUGAAAGUGCCCUGCGGGGUGUAUCACCUGUUAGCUAAAUUAGUGCAUAUUGAACAUUUAGACAAAUGGACUCAGAUAGCGAUGAUGAAAGGGCAGCAGGAUACGUGCCGGUGCUUGCAGCGACGAUGUCGCAGGCCGCUCGGGGUGUCAACUCUCCACAGCGGCCGGACACUGCUAUUCUCCGCGAUGGAGUCUCCUUGUACACAAAUGAGCUGUUCACGGAUGGCGAUGUGCUCGGCGAGGGACCCAAUGUCACCUCUCCAACAGGAGCAGCUGCUGCAGCAGCAGCACGGAAAGGACCAUCCCUUGCAGCGAAGCGGCAGGAAAGAUUGCAGGCUGGCACCCCUUACACGCCAAACUCACUCUACAAAAAUACGUCAUUGCGCUCUCAGUCACCAGCAACCUCCAGCAUGAGAGGUGUGCCAGAAUCGCCGUCCUUUCGGCCAUCUAACUUGUCGAGCACAGGGAUACCGGUGGCAGAAGCGGUGCCAAGCCCCUCACGCAGCAGCAACCCGGGUGGCGUUGGGCUGAUCCAUGGGCUUCGAGCGUCCUACGAUCCGAACGAGGGAAAUGAGGAAGUAGUAGCUCCAUCGCGCUUUGCUGGUACAGAACGGCAAGGCGUAACAGCCGUGCGGACUGUGCCGCAGCUCGACCUCAACGACAUGCCGACAUUUCUACUUCAGCCGGGGCCGAAGAACGGGCCCGUGCAGUGCGUCAUCGUACGGGACCGAGCUUCUGCUAAGUUGUUCCCGCGGUAUGCGCUGUUCCUUGAAGAGGGCCGGCGCUUUAUGCUUUCAGCACGUAAACGGAAAAAGCAGACGACAAGCAACUACGCCAUUUCGCUGACGUACGACGACCAUAACCGUGAAAGCGGCGCCUUCUUCGGAAAGGUCCGGUCAAACUUCGUUGGCACGGAGUUCACCAUCUACGACAAGGGCUUGAAGGCCGGCAAGAAGGACAGCUCCGGCACGGACCCGGGCAGGCAGGAGCUGGGCGCGGUAACGUACCAAUAUAACGUGCUGGGCACCCGCGGGCCUAGAAAGAUGAUGGCGGCCAUUCCUGCCGUUGACGGCAGCGGGCGGAGGCUGUUCCAAGCCACUGGCGAAGCGGACUGCAUCCUCGAGCGGUUGAAGCACCGCCGGGGGCUGGACGAGCUGGUGGUAAUGGGCAACAAGCCGCCGCGCUGGAACGACGAGCUGAACGCCUACUGCCUGAACUUCAACGGGCGGGUAACGGAGGCGUCGGUUAAGAACUUCCAGCUCGUCUCGGACGACAACCACAACCACGUGAUCCUGCAGUUCGGCAAGGUGGGCAAGGACACGUUCACCAUGGACUACCAGUGGCCCAUCUCGGCCUUCCAGGCGUUCGCCAUUUGCAUGUCUUCGUUCGACAACAAGCUGGCGUGCGAGUGAGGCGUGAACUGCUGUGGGUUUUCCAAUGACAUAAACCGAGUGGGCAGGGAGAGCUGGCAUUAAGCCAGGCGAGCAUGUGUGGUGUUGUACAUUUGUAGUGGUGGUGUACGGGCAGGGUUGUUGGGUUUCUGUUACGCACCAUGUGCUAGCCAUGAUACGGCACGCAGGCAUGUGCGCCAGAGGUUAACCAUCAUUGCAUGACUUCGUUACGAGCUAACGGCAGCCCUGGCUGUGAUAUUGUCGAGGGAAUGUUACCUGGGACUGCGCAUGACGUUCAUCUUGACACACACAUAUAUAGACAGCUUGGACAUGUAUGAAUGGUAUGAUCAUCACCGAUGACCCGAUGGACGCCCGUAUAAAGGAUGGACAUCUCAUCCGGAUGGGCGUCCGUAUGAUGGCCGGUUUUGCGGUUAGGAGCUGUUCGUGAAUAGACUUGCGAUGCGACGGUGUUUACGUGGACAUAAGUGUAUGAAAUGUAAGUCGACUGCUAGUAGACAUAAAAUCUCGUUGGAAUAAUACCGGUUGAAAAGCCUCAAGUCACCAUACUAUGUCAGUGCCAAACAGGCGAACUUGGACGGACGAGGAAAUCGGCAUAAGCGGACACGAGCGCUUCGCCCUUGAGCUGGAGUUUGUACAAUGCUUAGCAAAUCCUCUAUACAUAAACUGGCUGGCCACGAAACAGUACUUCGACAAUCCGUCGUUCUUAAACUACCUGAAGUACCUGCAGUACUGGAAGCAGCCAGCCUAUGCUAGCCAUAUUACGUAUCCGCACUGCCUCUUCUUCCUUGAUCUGCUCCAGGAUCCUGACUUCCGCUCCGCCAUUAAGGACUUCUCAUACGCGGAGCACAUAAGGCAAGCGCAGGAAACGUUCUUCCGCACCUUCCACAGCAACCGGGUCGCAGAGGCUGCCGGGGCAUCAAGUGAUGCAGGCGGCGGGACCGGGGUAUAAGCCCUUGCACCUGCGUUGCAGUCGAGUUCGAUGGCAGGGCUACACCUAGGGCAUUCCUGCUCCUCAUAAAAGGCGAGCCCUCUGGUUGCCUAUUGUUUAACAUGAAUAGCUCUGUUUUGGGGCUAGGCCUUGGUGGAAUCUGUGGCUGGAAGCUACCGGUACGUCCUGGCGACUGUGAACUUUGCAGGGAACGUGCCAGUGCAUGGUUUCAACUGCCGUAAUGUUUUAGGGAUUGCCAUCCAUGUGUAAGCGCGUCCGGGUUCUGUGGGCUCAUUUGUCGUGAGGCCCCUAUCAACAAGUGAGACCUAUGAGUGCACAAGACGCAAAGCACAAUUUGGGAUUCGUCUGUGGGAUGGUGCUAGCAAGCACGGAGUAGGCAGGGCAGAAGGAAAGGAAGGCAAUGGCAUGGUUUUAGGACCAAACACAACACACAAUGCUGUCUCUGUGUGUUGC